AUGAUCAUUGCCGGCACAAAAGUUGCAUGUCAGGUCGACUCUGGCGCUAGUGUCAACGUCAUUCCUGAGAAGUAUGCCAAACAUGCGCCCAUCUCACCUACCAAAACCAAAUUAGCUGUUUACAAUGGCACAUCUCUUGCUCCUAAGGGGAAAACCAUACUGACAGUUAAGAACCCCAUGACAGGAAAGUCCUACCAUUUCAGGUUCCUUGUUGUUGAGAAGAAUCUCACCCCAUUGCUGGGAAAGAAAACUUCUGAAAAGAUGGGGUUAAUCACUGUGAACUAUGAAAAUUUUGAGAGUGUUGACAAGAUCACAACGACACCAAAGUCACAUGUGCCUAUGGACUUACCAUCUUCACACAUCCUGGAUGCAUAUCCAGAUCUGUUCAGUGAGACCCAGGGCAACCUACCUGGCGUUGUACACCUUGAAGUCGACCCGACUGUUCCACCUGUCACAGCUCCUAGCGGAAGGGUACCCCAUGCAAUGAAGGACAAGCUCAGCAAGGAGUUGAAAAGGUUGACGAAAAGAGGAGUAAUCACACCAGUGGACCAACCAACUGACUGGGUCAGCCGGAUGGUCCUUGCGACAAAGAAGUCAGGCAAGCUUCGGGUAUGCAUUGACCCUCGUCCUCUCAACAAAGCACUCAAGCGAGAACUGUAUCCCUUGCCUAUUAUGGAAGAUAUCCUACCAAACUUAGCAAAUGCUAAACUGUUCUCCAAACUCGAUCUCACGGAUGCCUACUGGCAUGUCCAUCUAGAUGAAGAAUCUAGUCUACUGACAACAUUCCAGACUCCAUACGGACGUUACAGAUGGAAACUUCCAUUUGGGACUUGUGUAAGCUCAGAACUGUUCCAGAAGCGGUUGAACAUAGCUCUUGAAGGCCUUCAUGGAGUGAUUGGUGUUUCAGAUGACAUCGUCAUCUAUGGGUCAGGACACACAACGGAAGAAGCAUCCGUGGAUCAUGACAAAAACCUAAUUGCUCUGCUCAACAGGUGCUCAAUCGGUAUAAAACUAAACAAAGAGAAAGCCGAGAUCAGGAAGACAGAAAUCACAUUCCUUGGUCACAGGCUCACUAGCGAAGGUCUGAAGAUUGACCCAGAAAAGGUGAAGGCAGUCCUUGACAUGCCGAGACCAAGCAACGAAGAAGUCAGGCGACUCUGUGAUUCGUCAACUACUGUCAAAAUUUCUGCCCUGUCUGUCUCAAACACUGGAGCCGAUUCGCCAGCUGACGCGUGUUGGCGUAGAAUGGUCUUGGAGUAA